AUGCCGCCCGCGCGGCCAUGUCUGCUCGCCCGCACCCGAGCUGCGCAAUCUGCCCAAGAUCCACGCAUCUCCCACCGCCAGGGCCUCCGCCCAGCAUCCAGACCGUCCCGGCACCCUCAAAGGAGACGGCUUUGGACGGAGCCAACUCCCACCGCCGCCGCAACCGGCAACGAGCGUCCCGCCUCGGACAUCGCCUGGGACAACAACCAUGAAGCAUCAAGUCGGGGAAAGGGGAAGGGGAGGUGCGCCACUCGGGUGCCGGCGACGGCGGCUCGACCACGUCAAAGCCCCAUCCCUCCAAUAACUCUCCCCCCGAAGCACCUGCUUUGCCCCAGCCCUGCUAUUGGCACAACCCAACGCGAGGCCACCGACGGCCACUCGUCCGACGAAGGAGGGAGAAGAUCCACCGCCGGCGCCGCCAAGGAGGGGUCCAGGAACAGCCCGUCCGCGCCGCGCGCCGCCGACCACAGCCGAGAAGGGCGCCCAACUGUACCAUGGAGCCCGCACGCGCCACCACCACCUACCGCGACGCCACCUGCACCGCCACCCCUAUGCACGGCGGCGCCAGCCGCCCGGGGCCCUGCUGCACCCAGCCCGCGCUGCCAGAAGGGGCGCCAGAGCCAGAUCCGGUCGGAUCUAACCGGAGCCCACCCGCGCGCACCACGUGAAGGGCCGGCCGUCGCCGAGGGCGCAGCCAGACACCACGCCGCCUGCCACGCCGGCAGCACUGAGGCGCACCCAGCCGCGUCCGCCCGUCGACGCCGAGAUGCCCGGCGCCCGCAACCCGUCUUGGCCCGGAGGAAACGGCCCGCGCACGCCCUGCCGCGCGAGACGACGUGA